AUGGUGCAGAGUGCCAUCCGCAAUCAUCAAGGCCAGCGUUUCCAUGAAGAAUGGAAGGAGUUCUUGGGCGACAGCAUCUUCGCAACAAACGGCGAGCUGUGGUCGAGAUCGCGCCACCUGAUCCGGCCCAUGUUUGCGAGAGACCGAAUUGUCGAUACGGAGAAUUUCGAGAAGCACAUCCAGAAACUCAUUCCUCAUCUAGAAAAGAAUAAUGAGAAGCCUGGGGAGGAAACGAUUGUCGAUGUCGCAGCCCUGUUCUUCUGCUUUACUCUCAGUGCUGCCACAGACUACCUCCUCGGUCAAAUUGUUGACAGUUUGGAUGACCCGAAAACCAUUGUCGCGGAGUCAUUCCAAUAUGUUCUCCAUCACCAACCUAUCAGCCCCCUAUUGUCCAGCAAGGGAUUCCGCCUAAACCUCAAGAAAAUGGACGAUUUCAUGCAACCAUUGAUCGAUGAGCACACAUUCCUCCACGCCCUCGCCCACUUCACCAAGGAUCGCAAAGUAAUCCACGACCAGCUCGUCGCCGUCCUUCCCGCGGGCCGCGACACCGCUGCCACCCUCUGCUUCUGUCUCUUCGAGCUCUCGCACAACCCAACGGUAGUCGCCCCGCUCCACACAGAAUUCCUCGACCGCCUCGGCACCAGCCGCAAAACCAGUUGCUCGGACCUCAAGGAGAUGAAAUACCUGACGGCUGUGCUCAACGAGGCAUUGCGCCACUGCCCUGUCGUGCCACUCAAUGUCUGCCACGCGCUAACAGACACCACCCUGCCACGCAGCGGUGGACCCGACGGCCACUCGUCCAUCGGCAUCCCUAACAAUACGCGCAUCUUCUACUCGACGACGAACAUGCAGCGGCGGCGUGACCUAUAUGACUCCCCACCACCGGCCCCAGGCAACGCAGGUAGCGAUGAGAAGCGGCCCAUCCCCUAUUUCGACCCCCUCUCCUGGAUACCGGAACGCUGGACGGCUGGCUGGCAACCGAGGCCGUGACAUUUCAUCCCGUUCAAUGGCGGUCCGCGCAUCUGUCUGGGACAACCGUUUGCCAUGUUGGAGAUGUCGCGGAUCUUGCAGAAUUUCAAUGAGAUUAUUGCCGAUGGAGCCUGCAGGGCCCGCGGGUCAAGACCCGCCGUUCAAGUUUGACGUGACGCUGAGUCCUGGCGAGGAGCUGAAUAUGGUGUUUGUGGAAGCGGGGCAAGAAACUGGUUAGGGAAAGAGGAUAUUUGUGAAAUGUAAUAUUCGAUAUCUGAUGUUCUCACACCCCCAUAUUCUUUCUUGAAUGUAACUUGCAAAGGCGAGAUUAAAGAGAAUGAGUAACACCCCAUGUGUUUAUUGA